AUGUCCGAAGUUGAGUGCAUAUCUAUGGCCUCCCGCCAUCAUCCGCACCACCCACACAACUACCACCGUGCCAGCAAAAGCACCAGUGUGAUCGGCAGCAACAACCCAUACUUAAAGUUCAUGACACCAGGACUAGACCACCGCUCAUCCAUUACACAUGCAGAAUAUGAGCCAUCUCUAGCCGCUUCGUCCGUUUUUUGGACCGAUCUUGAACACCAACCCGUGGAGCCGCGGCCACGGCGUAAACGGGACUCGGCGCCCCAUAGGCGCUCUUCACAUCGCACCUACAACCGCAACUCACUGCUCGUAAACCCUGACAUUAUUGACCGACUGGACGAUGUCUCCAUCUACUCGUACCACCAUGAGGGUCCAUACGAUGCUGUCUGCCCGGAGCGCAACCACCUCAGUAGAUUCAGCCCGCUCGAGGCAGUCAAAGAGUCAAAUGCAGAGGCUCUUCGUGCAACUCCCCGCGACAAGAUCAUUGAUUCACUGAACAGCCAUCGUCCACUCGAUGGCACUGCGUUCUUCCCUCCAGGAACUACCGACCCGAAUGGUCAGACUUAUGACUAUGAAGAGGGUUCGAACAUGAUGAAUGAGCAUGGCAAUUUUAUGCGUUUCCCUGGCCUGAAAUUCACCGACGAGGACUUCAAGAAAGAUCCAUUCUACAAUCGUCCUAUCACAAACCCGUUCACUCAGCUACGGAAAAAACUCAGUCUGCGCCGUAAUAAAAAGCGCAGUAGCACCAUUUUUUGA